AUGAGGAUCAACAAUUUCCCACCUAAUCCACAACCGGAUGCGAACUUGGGACUACAUGAGCACACUGAUGUCAUCGCAACGGCACUCAUCGUCACUAAUGAAGUUCCAGGGCUUCAGAUUUUCAAAGAUGACCACUGGUUCAAUGUCCAACAAAUUCCUAAACAACAAGAUCAUAUUCUUACCGUCUACAGGCUUAGCAAUGGGAAGUACAAGAAUGUGAUGCAUAGAGUGACGGUGGAUAAAGAAAAGCAGAGGACGUCGUGGCCGGUUUUUGUCAACGCUAAUCCUGAUGUGGUCCUCGGACCAUUGCCGGAGCUCAUUUCCGGCGCUAAUCCUUCAUUGUUCAAGCCUAUUAUGUGCAAAGACUUCAAGUACCGUAGGCUUUCCAGGUUUCCACUCGAUUAA